UAUGGGCAGUGAAAAUUUCUCCUCAGAAAGCCAGGUGUGUUCUAAGUGUCAGGCACAGUUUGUGGAUGAAGACGAACUUAUAGAACACCAGAAAGACUGUCUCAAACCAGUCAUGCUUCUCUUUAAGGAGCAUGCAGACAAAACAGACAACCAGUCUGAUCAAGGUCAUAUGAAUGGCUAUACUGCCGCUGAUCAGGCAUCUAAUGAUGGUGAUGCUGAUGAUGCUCCUGGUGAGAUGGACAGUGAGCAGAAUUUAAACCAGUCUAUGAGCUAUGGAAGUUUUAGUGGUAAAGAUGAGGUUGAUGCUGAUGAUGAUGAGCAGUCUAAUUUUGACAAUAUGGACAGUGACUUAGAUGGUAAUGAUGAUGACAGUGAAUUUACAGGUCAAAAAGAGUCAGACCUCAGUGAAAAGAUCAAGUCUAAUCCCACAGCUGCAGACUUGGCAGCAUACAUUGGCCAGUUGUCGACUCUAUUGCCAACCAUGGGAACAAGUUCAAGUUCCAAUGUCUUGUUGGAACCUUUAGAAGCAACAAAAGCAGCUGUGGCACAGUUUGCGGAAAACAACCCUGAUCAGGAAAAAGAUGUAGGGAAGCUUCAGGCAGCCCUGUUUAACUUGCAGCAACAGCAACUGAUGCAGCUACAGCUAAUACAACAGCUACAACACCAGCUGCUCAGUGGGGGUCAGAAUGGCCAGUUCCCGGCUGCUUUCCUAAAUGGACACCUGCCCCUGGGGGCCAACUUCCCAGGCAUGCACAUCAACCUUCCUGGAUUUCCAAGCUCCCUUUCAGUGAAGAAUCUUUCCAAGUCUUCCUCUCAGGGUGAAUCCCCUUCUCCAAAAUCUGACACCGCAAGUCAGAGUGAAAAAGAACAGGGUGGGGAGUCUCGGUCAUCCUCUCCAAACCAGUCAAAGGCCCCAUCACCACUUGUGACCCCGCAUGAGCCAGACAACUCGGAUGAGAUUGGGGAAAGCCCCGUCUCCCUGCUAAUGACGGCUGUCAGCAAAGCUGGAGGCGGCCCUUCCUCUAGCACAAGUGGGCUGCUCGACUUCAGUCGCUCUACUGGCAAAGGUAGUGGGGAUGGGGAGGGGCAGAACUACAGCACCAGUAAUGACGACCCAUUCUUCAAGCACAAGUGUCGACUGUGCGGCAAAGUGUUCGGCAGCGACAGCGCCCUCCAGAUUCAUAUAAGAUCCCACACAGCUGCCAUACAUGUCCAUGAAGCGCUGGUGUUGGGCGGGAUUCUCCGACCACGCCCCCCGUUUCCUGCCAAUGACGGCACUUUGUGGACAAGUGAGAAACCGUUCCAAUGUAACAUCUGCGGGGGCCGGUUUUCCACGCGGGGAAACCUUAAGGUGCACUUCACAAGACACAAGGCAGAGUUCCCAAAUGUGGAGAUGAACCCAAACCCUGUGCCAGAACACAUGGACAAGGGCCCACUACCCAUGCUUGGGGCCCCCUUCCACCCCACAGGCCUCUCACCCUUCGCCAACCCGGCCUUCAUGAUGCCGGGGCUCAUGAACGGGUUCAUGUUUCCUCCCCCGCACCUGGGGGCCCGGCCUCCCAUGCCUGGCAGUGACAUGAUGUCCAAGCAUGGGCUUCUGAUGGAGGACAGGAGACCCCGUAGCCCAAGCCCAAAACGUGAGAGAUUGGAGAAGUCAGACAGAAUCCAGGAUAGGGAGCCAUCCUCUAAGAAGGAUGUGAGCCCGGUCAGACCUGUCCAUGAACCCUUGAGCAGAAGAUCACCAGAUGAGAAAGAGCGCCACCGAAUUGCAGCCUCUAUAUCUGCUGCUAUGUCUCUUCACUACAGUGGGCCUAGCCCAGGCCUUCCAAUGACAAGUGUGCCCCUGGUGAGCACCUACCCAGUUAUGUCUUCGCUACAAUCCCAGCCACCAUUUGCUCCCCACCGUGCCCCUGUUAUUACAUCUUCAGCUAUGAGUAAUGGAGGUGAUCCUUUCAGAAAUACUAUCUUGCCGUCAAGUAUAUUAGACAAUGAUGAUAACCUAGAACAAUUUAUGGAGAUUGAUAAAUCAGAGUGUGGCAAGUUACAGCAGCUGGUGGACAACAUUGAGCACAAGCUGACUGACCCUAACCAGUGUGUGAUCUGCCACCGAGUUCUGAGCUGCAAGAGUGCCCUCCAGAUGCACUACCGCAUUCACACAGGCGAGCGCCCCUUUAAGUGUAAGAUCUGCGGACGAUCAUUCACGACCAAGGGCAACCUGAAGACCCACAUGGGCGUUCAUCGGGCAAAGCCCCCACUGCGGAUGAUGCACCAGUGCCCAGUGUGCCACAAACAGUUUACCAACCUGCUUGUGCUACAGCAACACAUCAGGAGCCACACAGGCAUGGCCGGGCUCCAGGCUCUACCCGGGCUCUCCCACCUAGGCAUGUACGCCACCCGCCCCACUUUGGAGGAACACAUGGCCAUGAGUGCUGCAGGCCCUCUCAACAUGAAGCGACACUACCACGACUAUGAUAAAGAGCUGGAUCUCAGUAAGAAGCCACGCCUAGACUCUGAGGAUGUCAAGCUGCACGAAUCAAGACAUCUUGAGAAAAAUGGUGAUGAGGAAGGCGACAUUUCCAGCGACGACCAGCAGGAUGAUAUGGAUGAUGAGGCAAACAAGCUGGCAGCUGUUGAGGCACAGAAGGAGGGACUGAGGGGUGAUGGGAGUGAGCGGUCAAGUCCAUCAGACUCCUUCACUGCAGACCGGAUGAAAGCUGAGCCCAAAUCCAGCCAGCCAGCAGGGUCCAAACUGCCACUGGGUGGGCCCCUAUCCAGCAGUCCCAAGUACUUGCAGGAGGAUUCCAAUCAGGGCGGUGAUGGGGGGUUUAAGACCUACUCCACAUCGCUGGCUGCCCUGGAGGAACGUGUACGGCAGAUCGACUCCACGAUGGCCCGCAAUCCACUCUCCCAGUUCCAUGCAGCGCCAUUCCUUCUGGCUCCUAGCUACACCGGGGACGGUACAGUUUCCCCAAAGUCUGACGUGGGAUCAGACGAGGGACGCAAGUCUCUGACCGGUGAUGGUAUUGGCAGUAACUAUCUCCUAGGUGCCAUAGACAGUCAGGCCAUCGACGCGAGCACAAAAUCCACCACAUGUAACGUGUGCUAUAAGACAUUUGCAUGUAAGAGUGCACUAGAUAUCCACUAUAGAUCUCACACCAGGGAACGCCCGUACAAGUGUGAGCUAUGUGACAAAUCAUUCACCACAAGAGGCAACAUGAGACAACACCUGCUUACACACGAUCUGAAUAAUGACGGUUCUGAUAAUGUUGACUGUGAAAGCAAUAAUAAUAACUGUUGUACGCCAAACCAGAAUGACACUGACAGUGAGGAUGACGGGGACAUGAGUCAAGGCUCAGUCAAAAGUGAAUCUCAUAAUGGUGACCAGUCGGAAUCUCUGUCGCAGGUCAAACCGAAAAAAGACAAUACACUUAAUAGCAGCAGCAGCAGUAAUGUUAGCCCUGUAGUUGAUACCAGCAAAUCCUCUUCCAGUGUGAGUUACCAUGGUAACAGCACAACAUCUCAGUCACCAAGUGCGCUGUCUCAGCGAUCGCAAGCCUACACGACACCUCCUGACCAUUCUCUCAGUAGCCAGUCUCCAUUUGUUAGUAAGACCCCCACUGUAAAACACCAAUGUCUUGUAUGUCAGAAGGGUUUCUCGAGUGCAAGUGCACUCCAAAUCCACAUUAGGACACACACAGGAGAUAAGCCAUUCAAAUGUUCCGUCUGUGGUAAAGCAUUCACAACCAAAGGGAACCUCAAAGUCCAUAUGGGCACUCACAUGUGGAACAACAGCCCAAGUCGCAGAGGCCGCCGCAUGUCCAUUGAGCCGCCGUUUAUGUUGGCCCACAAGGAGAACCCGUACCUGCCCCCAGGUUUCCCGCCCCGCCCGGACUUCUACCCAUUCCAGUUCCCGCCCUUCAUGAAUGGCCUCCCCACACCUCCGAAAUCCCUCAGUGAGAUGUCCAUGAUCCCAGGCAUGGCGGCCAGACAAACACUGAAGAGUGAACUGUCCUCUCCUCCUAAUGAAGAGCGCAGGAAGUCGGAGACAAGCCUAGUUCAUGAUGACAAACCUAGGUAUGCAGAGUCUGGGGAGUUGGAUCUGAGCAUGAAGUCUACUGGCUCAUCUGGUUCAAGGUCUUCGGAGAAGACGUCGCCAUCAAGCAUAGACUCAAACUCCUCCGGGGGCAUGGUUUCCCCACCACACAUGUCCUUAGGGUGGGGCUGGAAGGCCUCAUGUCACCUUUGUAGUCGGUCUUUCCCCACCCCCGCUGCCCUAGAGCACCACCUCCGCAAUAUGCACAUGACUGGUUCCAGAUUACCUAAAGUAGAAGCUUCCUGAUCAGGCUUCAUGUAAUCAAGCUUGAAUCAUAGAAACGGGCGAUAACUUUCUAGUUUUUGCUUAAAUUGCUACAUAAGGAUCUUUGCUUAAGUAAUCAUUUAAGUGCAAUGAAAUAAAUCCGUUCGAAUUAAUACUUGACUCAGAUCUGUUCUACACAGUUUUAAUAUUCCACUUAAGAAUGAGAAAGCCUGAUAUCUAUUAUGAUGAAGUAUUAUGGUGAUACUAGUCACACUGAAUUUAGUAUUAUUCUUUGGAUUGUUGUAGCCUGAGUUUACACUUGAUGUCAUUAGAUCAAAAGGUUGAACAGUUGUCGGGGUAAUCUUGAAUGAGAGGGGUUCUGUCCUUAACAACAGAGUUCUGAGUACUGCUGUUAGCACCGAGUGGCCCUUGUCUUCUGGCUUGUAUCUGGGUACUAAUGUGGGAUUAGAGUGCACCUGCCCUUGAGUGACAUUGACCUUGACAUUCAGAUGUUGGAUCAUUUGAGGUUUGACCUUGACAUUUGGUUGUUGGCUGAAAGAGAAUUUGACCUUCUUAGAUGACAUUGUCAAAUCAUUGCAAAAUAUAAUUCUGCAGAUGUAUGAUAAAAGUGUACAUUUGUAUAUAUUGUAAAUUCAUGUAAAUGUAGAUAUUAGUUGUAUACAUCUUUGUCAUGUGAAUAGAAUCCAGUAUAAACUUACAGUAUGUAUCAUAUAUGAUUUGUUAGUAGACUUGCAAUUCUAUAACCAGCUGUUUGUAUUCUGCAUGUUGUUUACAUUGUAUUGUUAACAAACUUGGUAAGACUUGUUACACAAGUGUUCAUUGGUUGUGAAAACAUUAUAGGAGGAACACGGAAAAUCCACACGAGUUGUAAUCUCACAAAAAAUCCACUUGCAUGUUCUCAUUUUCACGUUGUCACAUUUGUAAGCAUUCCAAAUAUUGCUUGUGUGCUUUCACUCGUAACCAUAGAACUAUGGCAACAUUUGCAUCGUACAUACUGAUAUAUCAUGAUGUCUUGGUGGCUUUUUUCAUUCCUACCUGAUGAGUUAUAUUGACAAGUUGUCAAAAUUAACUCACUUUGUUAACAUUUUAACUAUUUUUAUCGACAUUGUAUUAGUUGAACACGCUAUGUCUACUUAAAAUUAAUGUUGAAAUAGCGUUUUUAACUUUAUAAUUAUGUCGCAAAAAUUCAGUCAACAUAGUCAGGUAAUAAUGUAACAGGUCAACAUUAUUAUAACAAUAUGUUAUGUUAUAAUAUGUCAAAUUGACAUACAUGAUCACAUCAUCAGUAUAUACAAUAUAUAUGUUUCCAUAUAAAACACCUUUAGUUGAUGUAAAUUCACUUCUUUAUAUCUUGCUAGGGGUCGUGUUCAUUUAGUGGUGCUUUUGCUGUUAUAAAUUUAGAAUACGCAAAUUGAACUAUUUUCUAGUCAGUCAGUGUUUUAAAAAUAUCUCACAUUUUUGAUACUAUUGUUGGCUAAGUGUUAAAAAGAACUAUGGUAUGUUAUUCCCAUUGUUCUAAAAAACCUCCCCCAAAAUCUGAUGUUUUUAAUCAGACAUCUUUCUGGACAGUAUUCAUAUAACUUCACCUUUUUCAAUAAAAGUCACUGGGUGUUUGGAACCUUGUUCUUGUUGUUUCAUAUUUGGGUUAAUAGCUAAAAAACACACACUUUGUUAAGAAGAGUUUGCACUAUAUAGUUUCUGAAAAGUGUUACAUUUAAGAAACUCUAUCCCAAAAAUGUUUUAUUCUUGGCCAUAUGGCUAUUUUAUAAAAAUCAUUUUUAUUGAACAUAUAUAAUACACAUUUAAUUUUUUUAUUACUUCCAGUAUGUAAAACUUAUAUUGAAGUCUUUGUUUUUGUUAAAUUUUGUUAAGUCUACUUUUUUGUUAAUAAUAAUUUUAUUAUGAAAUGUUUUUCGUAAUUUUAUACCAUAAUGACUUAAAGUGGAGAUAAAAAAGAUAAAAACAUAAACGGGGGAAAUUAUUUUAUGUGUUCAAUAGUAAACUGAUAUAGUAAAUUGAGCGGAAGGGAAACGUUUUGUAAAAUUUUAUUAAGUUAAUUGAUAGGUAGUUUAGAAUUAUUUUUUUUUUGAAAUUUUGUACGAAAUAACAUUUCGUCUUUUGAUGCCAAGAUGAAGCCAGCAUAAUUCCUGUAUUGCUGUGAUAGGUUGAAAUCCAAGUAUUAAGAGAGAUGUGAUUUAAAGUUUAAGUACAGAAUAAUGUUAAUGAUAAAAACACAAAAUAAUGUUUUAGAUUAAUUUCUUAUUAGUACUUGGAAACACACUAAAAAAGAAACAGUAAUUAGCACUAAACUUCCACUUUUUACUCUGUAACAAUACAAUUAUGGUAUGUUGUGUCUUAAGUCACACAAUUUCUUACAUACACAAAUUGCCAUGAACACUUGUCAUUUAUAUUAUAUUAUUAUGAUAAUUGUUAUUAGUAAUAUUAACUGUCCUCAUUCAAAUGGUUGUUAUGGAUUUCAGAUGCACUAUAAACUUACACUUGCAUUGCAAGUUUUUACCAACACUGACUACUGUGUAUUAUUGAUAAUGUUGUUACUCUGUCAUUUUUAACUCUUCUGUUGUUUUUUAUGAAAAAAUGUUGAGGCGUUGUGAUAGCCUUAGUGUUGUCGGUGUCCACCGAAUUAUGUAACCUUGGCGAUAACUCAGAAAACUCAAUAUGCACAUGUAUAGCAAUGCCUCUAACUCUGACUUCAAUAUUCAUUAAAUUAUGUCCCCUUUUCAGCCAAAAUAACAAAUCCAAAAACCAUAUAUAACAUAUUCAAGUGAAACUUGGUACACAUGUUUCCAGAGUGAAAGAGUCAUGUGUAUCCCUAUGACUUCCAUUAUUGUCCAGUUAUGCCCCCUUUUUGAUAAAAACAAACAAACAACAGACGAGUGUUUGACGUUCGCUCCGCGGCGCUCUUGUUAUUUUUUAUUUUGCCAAGUCAUUGCCAAAAUCAAAGGUCAUUUCUUUAAAUUAUUACUCAUUUUACCAUUUUCAUUGUUUUCAUUUUGAUACUGAGAUCUUGUUACAUAUUUCUUAUGAAUGUAGUAUUUUAGCCAUGUAUUCAUGUAUGUGAUUGUGUGUACAUGUUAUUGUAUGAGCGUUUUUGACAGGAUUUACAAGAAUGCAUGUGUUAUGGAUAUUGUAGAUUUAGGUUCAUAUUCAUUGUUGAAAAAAGUACAUGAAUAAAAGUUAAGUAUUAAU